AGAGCGUGCUAUGAGCCCCAAAUAGCAGGUGUUUGAAAUUGCAGCGACUCUAUCAGUCUGUCACAGCGGUUCUAUCCCCACAAAAACGCACACCCCAUACAACAGAACCGCCCGCAAUGUCCGUCGGUGCCGAGACCACCACUGAGCUUCCGCCUUCUGCGGGACGGGUGUUCUUCCAGCCAGCGCCCGGCGUUGGGUGCGCUGUCUCCGGACCCAUGGCUCGGGAAGACCCGGUCCAUAAGAAGCAGGGGAAAGUGACAGUCAAGUACGACAGGAAGGAACUGCGGAAGAGAUUGAUCCUGGAGGAAUGGAUCAUCGAACAGCUGAGCGAGCUCUACGACUGCGAGGAGGAAGAGAUGCCUGAGGUGGAGAUAGACAUCGAUGACCUCCUGGAAGUAACCAGUGAAGAUGAGCGAGCUGUGAAACUACAGGGGUCCCUGACAGACUGUUAUAAGCCCACUGAGGAUUUUGUCCGGGAUCUACUGGGCCGGAUCAGAGGCAUGCGGAAACUAAGUGCCCCUACGAAAAAAAGUCUUUAAUGGCCAACCUCCACACACUGAUACACACUGCACUCACUUUCUCUCUCUCUCUCUCUCUCUCUCUCUCUCUCUCUCU